AUGCCUGAAACUCGUGAAGACUCUGUCUACCUCGCCAAGCUCGCUGAGCAAGCCGAGCGCUACGAAGAGAUGGUCGAGAACAUGAAACGCGUUGCCUCGUCAGACCAAGAGCUUACUGUUGAGGAGAGAAAUUUGUUAUCUGUCGCGUACAAGAAUGUUAUCGGAGCUCGUCGUGCUUCGUGGAGAAUUGUAUCGUCGAUCGAGCAAAAGGAGGAAUCCAAGGGCAAUGAGGCCCAAGUCUCCAUGAUUAAGGGCUACCGGGAGAAGAUCGAAACCGAACUCGCAAAGAUUUGCGAGGACAUUCUCGAUGUUCUUGACAAGCACCUUAUUCCUUCCGCCGCUUCGGGCGAGUCGAAAGUUUUCUACCACAAGAUGAUGGGUGACUACCACCGUUAUCUCGCCGAAUUUGCCACUGGCGACAAACGGAAAGAGAGUGCUGACAAGUCCCUCGAGGCAUACAAAGCGGCCUCUGACGUUGCUGUCACUGAACUCCCUCCCACGCACCCUAUCCGUCUCGGUCUUGCAUUGAACUUCUCCGUGUUCUACUACGAGAUCCUCAACAGCCCCGACCGUGCAUGUCAUCUUGCCAAGCAGGCAUUCGAUGAUGCUAUUGCAGAGCUUGACACCCUCUCGGAAGAAAGCUACAAGGACUCUACUCUCAUUAUGCAGCUCCUCAGGGACAAUCUCACUCUCUGGACUUCUGACAUGCAGGAUUCUGCCGACAAACCUGCAGAAAAAGAUGAAGCCGCCGACGCACCUGCUGAUGAGUAG